AUGGCCAUGUUUUCGUCUACAAUAAUCAACAGUUUGUUCCGCGCAUCUCGAAGUGCAGUUAAAUACUCUUCUUCCAACUUAAUUCGUCGCCCAUAUUGGCCAUCUCUUAAGCUACAUUAUUCGAUACAAGUUGAAAAUCGAGUUCAAGAUAAACUAAUAUCUGUAACAUGGGACGAUGGUAAAACUACAAAUUAUCCCCAUAUCUUUCUUCGCGAUAAUUGUCGUUGUUCGUCUUGCUUCGAUCCUCAAACUCAGCAACGUUCUAUCUCUAAUGCUGUAUAUCACAACUAUGCUAAUGCAACAAUAAAGACAGCCCGAGUAGACGAUAAAAACGAUAAAUUAUACUUAGAAUGGAUAGACGAUGGCGAACAUACAACUAGUAAUUUUGAAUUAGAUUGGUUAAAAGCUCAUCGAUCUAUCACUUAUGAUGAUAUUGAAGUUAAUCCAGUUACCAAACAGCUAUGGGGUAGCGAAAUGAAAAACAAUUUACCACAAUUCGAUUAUAAUAAAAUAUUAAAUGACGAUUCAGAAUUACAUCGAUGGGUGCGUUGUAUGUUAAAAGUAGGCAUUUCAUUGCUCGUCGGUUUACCAGAAGACAUCGGUCAAGUCAAAAAGUUCGUCAAUAGGGUAGCAUAUCUUCGCAAGACAUGCUAUGGAUCUACGUUCAAAAUACAUACUGAUAAAGGUGAUGAUCUAACGACUAUUGCCUAUAAAAAUGGAGGACUAGCUAUGCACACUGAUCUUGUGUAUUAUGAAAGCGUUCCAGGGGUAAUAUCAGAUUACCUGCAAUAA